UGCCCUCACAGAAUCCCAUCCGAUUCCCAGUACACCACUGCACCGAGUUACUCCAUCAAGAGAGAGGGAAACAGCGCAGCAGAGCAGCAGUGUGGAGUAGUAGUGGGGGCACAUGGCCAUGGACAGAGCUCGUCGUCGUCGUCAUCGUCAUCCAAUGUCGGCAGCUGCGAGGUCGAGCGCGUUCUUGACAUUAUGGAGCGCGGUGGUGGUGGUGGCAGCAGUGGCACCGACGGUGGCGGCGGCGGGGUUCAGCUGCCGGGGCGGGGCGCGGCCGGUGGUGUUCAACUUCGGGGACUCCAACUCGGACACGGGCGGGAUGGCGGCGGCGAUGGGGUGGCGCAUCAGGCGGCCGGAGGGCCGCGCCUUCUUCCACCACCCCACCGGCCGGUUCUGCGACGGCCGCCUCACCAUCGACUUCCUCUGUGAAAGUUUAAACAUAGGUUAUUUGAGUCCGUACCUGAAGGCAUUGGGUUCUGACUACAGUAAUGGUGCAAAUUUUGCCAUUGCCGGUUCAGCGACAUUACCACGGGAUACUCUUUUUUCAUUGCACAUACAGGUGAAACAAUUCUUGUUCUUCAGAGACAGAUCCUUAGAACUCAUCAGUCAAGGUCUACCUGGUCCAGUCGAUGCUGAAGGGUUCCGAAAUGCUCUAUACAUGAUAGAUAUCGGACAAAAUGAUGUUAAUGCUCUUCUGUCCUACUUGUCUUAUGAUCAAGUAGUUGCAAGGUUCCCUCCAAUACUUGAUGAGAUCAAGGAUGCUAUCCAGACUUUGUAUGACAAUGGGAGCCGGAACUUCUGGGUUCAUGGAACAGGGGCUCUUGGCUGCCUUCCUCAGAAGCUCUCCAUUCCUCGGAAGAAUGACAGCGAUCUUGAUUCAAAUGGUUGCCUUAAGACCUACAACAGAGCUGCAGUCACAUUCAACGCAGCGCUGGGCAGCCUCUGCGAUCAGUUGAGCACGCAGAUGAAAGAUGCGACUAUCGUUUACACCGAUCUGUUCCCUCUCAAGUACGACCUCAUUGCGAACCGCACAAAAUACGGUUUCGAUAAGCCGCUGAUGACAUGCUGCGGGUAUGGUGGGCCGCCUUACAACUAUAACAUCACCAUAGGCUGCCAGGACAAGAAUGCCUCCUGCGACGACGGCUCAAAGUUUGUUAGCUGGGACGGUGUGCACCUCACGGAGGCUGCCAAUGCCAUUGUGGCUAAGGGCAUACUGAGCUCUGACUACUCCAGACCCAAGAUCAAGUUUGAUCAGUUCUGCAAAGUCUGAUGAUAGAUACUCUACCUUAAAAUCCUAAUAGCUUUCAAGUUGAGGAAAAUAGGAGAGUAAGAGAGAAAGUGGCAUUUCAUUUCAUCCAGGUCCAAAAUGGACCUUCAUAUGUGACAAUAAUAUUUCUCUGUUCAUUUUCAAGGGAAUGCGAUUUAUAAUUUGUUCCCCCUUUCCAUGGUUAUAUGGAAACAUGAUAUGUAGCAAAGUAGCAAGGUAUUCACUAAUUCACAUAAAGAAAAUGAUCAUUUUUU